GACGACAGCGUGCACGAAUCACUACCUAGAAUUUAACAUUCGUCAUGUGUAAGUCUAGAUCAGCAGUGUCUGAGAUACAAGAGCGGAACCCUUGAUUUCGAGACAAGCUGAUAAGUUAACGACAUCAUUCGCAACCAUUAUUCGCACAUGAAUGACAGCUGAGACAUGUCAAGAAGGACUGAAUUGGGAACAGAGGUUCAUAUAGAGCAAAGGACCAAGUUCGUACUCGCUGGUCGCGUGCAGCUGCUGCUGAAUGAAGUUGCUCGCUGUGCUGGUUCCUUUGCGACUCCAUGGCCUUUGAUACACUUGGCAAUUGUCGAACUGGCUCUACAAUGCUCUAUGUCCCAGAAUCGUCGGUCUACUGCUGAUCAGCCUCUGUCAGGCACUUUUUGUGCCUCGAUUGCUGUUGUCAUGGAAGCGUUGCUCAGGUCGUUAGACGUCAUCAUGUAUUGCAAUUGGGAUUACCUUUCUGGUCUUGAGAGAGCCAUAGGUCUCUACAGAGGCGAGCAGCGCCGAAGAAAGCGCUUCACUGCAUGUUAGCUUUUCGUUCUUCUGGAAAAGAAGCUUUUGGUAAACAAUGUUUGAUUGCUGUAGCUGCCGCAAUAAUCGCUGUAGAAGAUGCGUAUGACGAGC